CCACUGUCUUAUCAUACACGGAUCUGCCAUUGCGCCGUCGUAGACCAACAGAACCUGCACAUGCCGUUCCAGUGGAUAGUCAUGAAAGAGAAGCAGCUUUACAGAGGUGGGUGUCCAAGAAAGCUAAAAGGUCGAAUGUGGAUGUCGGAUCUUCGACAGGUCCCUGUCGCCCGGUUACGCGUUCAGUUGCAGCUGGCCUGUCUGUGUUGCAAAGGUUGCCAGCUGAAUGUGGUAGACAAUCUCAAUCCACACGGGCACACCGUUCUGCAGGCGGUGUUGUUAUGCGAGAUGGCACUGACAAGAAAUCGGAUGAGUCACAUGCGCAUGAAAAUUCAAUACCCAGCGCUUUGCACGAUGCUGCUCAGAAGACUGGCAGAGAUUCUGUUGGUGAGGAUAGUAGCACUUUACACAUUUCGGCCGCCCAAGGUGGAAUGGACGAGUCCCCUUCAACAAGUCGUGCAGUUAACACAGCUACACAACCCAAUGACGGCCGACGGAUUUUAGAUGCGGUGCUUACAAGCUCAUAUGCACUGCGGACACAGCGUGAUUGCAG